AUGCGUCUGUCAAUGAAUUGUUCUCUGCUUGAUUUGGCGCUAUUUGAAAAGUGUUGGCGGUGUUGGCAUUCAUAUUCAGGCGAGACUCUCGAAUCACUUUCGAACAGAAAUUCGUUAAUGAAAAAAAAAAAAAAAGACGAAAGCAAAAAUAAAUUAAUCGUGUCAGAGGAAGCCAAAUAUUCAUAUCACAAUUUUGAGCACGCUAACGGACGUGAAGUGAUCAUCACUGUAACGGCACGACUUGUCAAGAAACAAAAUAAAGAACAAAAAAAGUUGGAACAGGAUGUAAAAAUUGAACAUCGAAAACGAAAUCAUACGAAAUAUGUAAACAAUACUGCAUCACAAACUGAUAAAUCAACCAGUGUUUACAGCCAGAAUAACAAUUCUGCCACUAAAUGGUAUGAUAAAAGAAAGAACAGAUAUCACUAUGGCAAAGAAUAA